UCGGUUGUGGUUUCUUCUGAGAGGGUUUUAUGUCUUCUUCUUUGUUACUCCUCUUCUAAAAGAGAGAGAGAGAGAGAGAGAGAGAGAGAGAACGAGAGGAGUAAAACGAAAUAACAAAACAGAGGAUGAUCGCGAAAUCUCCAUCCUUCAUUCUAAAAUCUUCAAACUCUGUGUAAACUCCUUUGUAUUAGCAAUUGUUCUGAGCCAAGAUCCGUGUUGGAUAUAUAUAUAAUUUGUUUGAGGGAUCAUGGUGGUCAAGAGGAGGUUAAAUUGUGGCGGCUUUGAUUUCUCCAGUAUUCCAAAGGCUCCUCGUUCAACUAGGAGGAAGGUAUCAACAACUGAGAGAGAUGAUGAUGUUGACAGUCACAUCACUGCAUUUGAUUUGCUCGCUUCUCUGGCUGGAAAGUUGCUGGAAGAAAGCGAAAGCUCCUCCUCAACUUCUUCUACCUACGGUGGUGAUGAUAGUCAAGAAGAUCAUUUGUUGGCUGGAAAGAUGAUCAAGCUAGAACAAGUUGAAGAUGUUUAUAACAAUAAUAAGCUUGCGUCAAAGUCUCCUAGUGAAAUAACUAGCGAGACGAGUUUGCGAAUUCCCUCUGAUUGCGUAUUGGAGCAGACACCUGUUUCUGAUUGUAAGAGAGCUCUUGAUCUGAAGCCCCUUGAAUCAGGGGGCAUCACUGAGGAGACAGGUGUUGUUAAUGUAGGUGCCGGCUUUGAACAAGGAGAAGCAACCAAUGGCUUGAUGAUCACUGAUACUAUCAGCUUAAAGGAUCCAAGUCAUGAAUCAGUCCACAGGGAUGGUUCUAAGUUAGUUUGCAGAGAUGAUGACGAAAACUAUUGUAAAUACUAUAAAUUUAGUGACAAGUCAUAUAGGCCUAUGACUCGUGUUGGACAUCGAAGAAUCACCAAGAAGUCCAUGGUUAUAAAAUACGGGAGAGCAGUAGUCCCCAGAUCGAAAUGCUUUAAAGACACUAGAACAGAUGGUUGUUUAAAGGCUCUGUACCGCAAGAGAAAACUAUGUUAUGGUUACAACCAAUGGAAGCAUGAGAGCGUUCGUAGGAAGAGAAGAUUGUGUGACAAAGGGUGGGUCGUAUAUUCUGAUGGAGGAGGAGGACUCAGUAGUGAAAGUGUUACCAAUUCACCUGUGAAGGGAGAAUCAGGUACCUUAUCAGUCUAUAUCCUUAUGCUUUGUUAUCUGACUGGAUUGGUUUUGAUUUUCUCACAUGCUAUGUGGUGCUCACUUUUGUUUGCAGUAAAGUUGAGCAUCAAGUCCUUUAGGAUUCCGGAGCUUUUUAUUGAGGUUCCAGGAACAGCAACAGUAGGCUCACUCAAGAGGACGGUGAUGGAGGCUGUUACUGCUUUACUCGGCGAUGGAAUACGUAUUGGUGUGUUAGUCCAAGGGAAGAAGGUUAGAGAUGACAAAAGCACUCUCUCACAGACUGGUCUUUCUUGUAGAGAAAAUCUAGACAACCUUGGCUUCACCUUGGAGCCUGGUUCCUCUGAAAAUCCUGUCAUUUCUAUGCCAACUGAUUCAACAAAUUUGUCAGAAAGGUCUGCAGCUUCUUCUCCCGCUUUAGAUUCUAGAAGUCCUUUCCUUCUCCAAGAUGCACAUCACGUGAUUAAUAUUGGAACUUGUGUGGAGAAUAGCCAGGAGCUAGUUCCAUAUCAGAUUGACAUAACAGCUGAUGAACGACAACAACAACCUUCAUCAGAUUCAAGAGCUAUAGUUCCAGUUCCACCAAUGGAACCUGAUGCUCUUGCAAUUGUCCCACUUAAGGAGAAACCUAAGCGUACAGAGCUUUCACAGCGCAGAACCAGGAGACCGUUCUCUGUGACAGAGGUAGAAUCUCUAGUGCAUGCAGUUGAGGAACUUGGGACUGGAAGGUGGCGUGAUGUGAAAUUACGUUCUUUUGGUGAUGCAAGUCAUCGAACUUACGUAGACUUGAAGGACAAGUGGAAAACAUUGGUUCACACGGCAAGUAUAUCACCGCAGCAACGAAGAGGAGAACCAGUGCCUCAAGAACUGCUAGACAGAGUCUUGGCAGCACAUAGGCACUGGUCACAGCACCAAGUGAAACAGAACGGGAAACAUCAAGCGGCUGCAACGAUGGUUGUUGAAUCAGGUGCGUUUAUGUAAAGAUGGGAGAAAGGUAAUUGCAAUAACUUUCACUUGAAGACUAAGGAAGCAAUGUGGGGCCAACUGUACAAAAAGCAAAACAACAGAAGCAUAGUUUGAUUCAUUUUUUUAUCCAACUUGAGUUUUUUCAUCAUAGCUGGCCAGAAGUACUUUUGGUUACUUGUAACUUGUAAGUUACUUCUCUGUUCAUUUCAGUUUCUAACUGAUUUGUUUCUGUAAUAUGGUAUUGGUUGGUAGGUCCUUGAAUACAUUCUUUUAUUUAUUUGUAAUAGUGACAUGUAUUUAGACAUUUUUAAUGAACACUUCAUCAUUCAA